UGUAUUCUGCUCCGAUUCAGAAAGCAUGAGAGGCGGAUAGCCGGUUUUUUAUUAACAAUUGUUUUGUUCAUUCGCGUAGUGUCAACGAUCGUCAAGCAUGGCUGGACGAACUCUCAAGUUUCUAGCUGCCGAUACGGUCAGCCUGAUGCAGGUUCGAUACAGGCGUGGACCUAGAGGAUUGAUGCCUCAUUUAGCACGAAAUCUUCAACAGAGAAUUGAAGAGAUGGAGUACAAAGAUCCAAGACUGCAUUACAAAGUCAACAUUGGUUUUGCUGUGCCCAAACAAAUCAAUGCUGACAUCAGAAAAAAUUUAACAAAGCAAAUGAAAAUUCGCAGACAGGAUGCUGAAUUUGAAAAAAAGUCAGCUCGUAAUGAACUUGUUAUUGAUCUUGAAGAAGCAAAGCAAGAUUGGACAAAAACAAACGGGCCUCAAUAUUUACAAAAAAUUGGCACUCAUUAUGGAGUGUUUGAGCACUUGUUUGGAGAUGCAUAUUUUUAUCCCGUUGUUCCAUUGAACAUUGAUUAUGACUUUGGGCAUAAAAAUCUCUUAGCAAGAGUACAUAAUGGUAAUCUUAUCACACCCCAAGAAGCAACAGAUGUUCCGUCUGUUAGUUAUGAAGCAGAACCUGAUACUUUAUGGACACUUCUUUUAACAACUCCAGAUGGAAAUUUUUCAAACCCACAAUCAGAAUAUUGUCAUUGGUUUGUAGGAAACAUUCCGGGAAAUGAUAUUUCAAAAGGAGAACAAUUGGUGAAUUACAUGAGGCCAAUCGCACCUAAAGGAAUUGGAUAUUGUAGAUAUAUCUUUGUACUUUACAAACAAGAUAAGAAGAUUGACUUUUCAGAAUACAAAAAAGAUGAUCCAUGCAUAAAUCUUGUUGAGCGUAAUUGGAACACUUAUAAGUUCAUGAAAAAAUAUCAAGAUGAAAUUACCCCAGCUGGUCUUGCAUUCUUCCAAAGCGUUUACGAUAGUUCUUUAAAAGACUUUUACCACCAUACUUUAGGUAUGGAAGAACCAACUUUUGAAUAUUCAUUCCCUGAACCAUAUCUGAAUAAACAAGAGUGGUUCCCUAUUAGGAAACCUUUUAAUACGUACAUGGACAAGUAUAGAGACGAGAAACAAAUUGCCAAAGAAUUUUUAUUGAAGAGAUUGAAGAAUGAACACCCUUUCAAGUUCCCCGAACCUCCUCUAAAGUAUCCGAAUGCACAUCCGUUCAAGGGAUACUUACCAUCUUGGUACAAGACCGAAGUACGAAAGGAGCGACUCAUGAUGGGUAGGAUAAACGAGUACGUCGAGGGAGGUUACGCUAAGAACAUCGGUGGUUUGGUACCUCGAGAAUAUCCAGUUUGGCAUAAAAGUCACAAGAAAAAUUCACUACCAGAGUGAAUAAAUAGAAAAGUCGAAUAGUUUGUGUAA